AUGGGCUUCGCUUCUCUUCUGAUGCUGGGCGUCGUCCCCCAGCUGGUCGCGGCACAUGUCCUCCAGGCCCGCCAGAGCGUGUCCUGCGACUUCGCUACUGCCACCAACAAUAGCGACACUUGCGCAUCCUUUGCCGCCGCGUGGGGUAUCACCGAGGCCGCCUUUGCGAAGCUCAACCCCGGUGUCUCUUGCCCGGGCAACCUGAUCGCCGGCACGGAGUACUGUGUCAUCGGCACCGUGUCCACAGGCGCUCCCACUACGACCAAGACCGCCAGCACCACGACCAAGGCCGCUACCUCAACCACGCCACCCACUACAACCAAGGCGACCACUCUGCCGACCACCCCGGUCUCGCCUACGGGCCCUUCGCCUCAGAUGCCCAAUAUCACUAGCACAUGCAACAAGUUCUACCAGGUCCAGUCCGGGGGCCUUAGGACACAGGAGCACGUGGUCCAUCUGGCUCUUCCUACAAGCCGUGGUGUUUGA